AUGGAGAGCACGGCAGACGACGUGCGGGAGCUGCUGGACAGCCUUCAGCUGGAAAAGGUGGUGCGUGUGGAGGCGCUGCUGCUCGUGUGCCCGCUCAUGCCCGUGGCUGGGAGGGAGGCCGAGCUGCUGCCGGGCACAUGUGCCUCCACGCUGCGCCUCUUCCAUGGGGUGCGUGAGCACCCUGGGCGCUCGUGGGCAUCGCUGCACCUGCUCCGCCUGAUCCAGAAGGUGCCGCACGGCAAUCUGCUGCUCCACAUUGCCGGCUUUGCUGAGGUGGACAAGCAGGCGAUGCUGGAGCUUCCAGAGGCAGCCGCCAUCGAGAAAGAAGCAGUGCGGGAGGGGCUUGUGCAGGGGGUUGCUGGCGCUCUUUGCGACAUGCAGGUUUACUACCGCGACCCUCCAACCAUCGACUUGGCCUCCAUUGGCUGCAAGACGGUCAUUUGGCAUCAGGAAGGUCACCUGAGUUUGCCAUUUAGGCACAACCGCUCCAUCCUGGGAUCCAUCAUCGUGAACAACAAGGCCUCGGGUAUGUAA